AAAAAGCAGCCAGCCGAGCUGCCGUGUGUGUAGCGCAAACGCGUAGUGGCCCGACGCCGUGUUGCAUUGCAUUUUCGUCCCCAUUGUUAGCUGUGCUGGCCGUAGCCCGAGCCCCCCCGGUGCCCGUAUAGCUGGUCGUGGUCGGCGGGUGCACUUGUACCGCAAAAUAACCCGGUGAUCGAACCCCGCCGUCCCGUUCCGCCGUCGGUGUUCUCCCGUGUGCACGGUUUUGUUUGUAGUGUGCAAGUUCUGGUAUGUGGUGAAGGAGCGGGGUUUGGAGUUUCAGUUUUUUUUUUGUUGUUGCGCGAUUGAGGGACACGGAUCCCGGGACCGAGGCGCAAGACGUUAAGGCCGUGAACAAUGUCCAGCAGACACAUUCCCGUCGACAAGAUAAACCUGCGAUUGAUACUGGUCAGUGGCAAAACUAAAGAGUUCCUGUUCAGUCCGAGCGAGUCCGCGGGCGACAUAGCACAACAUGUAUUCGACAACUGGCCGGAAGAUUGGCGUCAAGAGGCUGUGUCGAAGGCGGAAAUACUUAGACUCAUAUACCAGGGCCGAUUCUUACACAGUAACGUAACGUUAGGUGCUUUAGGACUGCCAUUCGGCAAGACGACGGUGAUGCAUCUGGUUCCGCGGGAAAAUCUACCCGAGCCGAAUUCACAAGAUCAACGACAGAAAAGCAAGGGCGGCAACAGUAGUUGCUGUUCCGCGUCUUGUUGUAUUUUGUAAGGGAACCCCGCAACACCAUCACCUUGUUUUAUAUUAGAAGACUAUAACUGUAGAGAAGAAAAAUCGAGCAAAACAGGACGAGUCUAUGGAACAAAAAUGUAUAAUUCAAAGUUUGGUCGUCAGACCCGUGGACUUGUACCAAGUUUCUAAUUAACUGAUGACGUAAAAUAUAUAAAAUUGAUGGAAACUGUGGACAGAAAGUUUCAGUAAAGUUGUGAUAUAUCAUCAGUGUAAAAAAAUCGAUACUCAUGUGCCAGACUAAAGUGUGUGAUUGUUUUUAAACCAGAUCGCAUCAUUAUCAUUGUUAUGAUUUUUAGUGUAUUUAUAUAGUUAUAUAUGUAUAUUAUUUUAUAUCUUAUUGAAAAUUCAUUAUAUUAAACAGAAAAUAUCAUGUUUCAGGCAUUGUAAAUCAAUCAAAUUUUAAAAAAAAAUAUUAACUAUAACACAGGUUCCUGUAGUUUUGUUUUUGUACAGUGUACAGUGUGGUACUAGAAUCUGGAAGCACAGGCCGUUUAUUUGUUCCAUGCUAAACCGAGACUUAUUUCAUUCUAAUCAUUCAGGGAGAAUAAACUAGGCCUAAUUUAAACUGUAUCUAUAAAUACCAUCAUCAUUCAGGAUUAGCAUUGAUUCAAAGGUUUACGACAAAUAAAAGACUGCCUUCCGAUUCUCAUUACCCACGUUAGUGUUUUUAAAUAAUUUUAAGAGUUUAUAGUGAAAAAUCGACCAUAUCAUUCGCCCCCACAAAACAUCUUAAUACCAACAAGAAACACCAACAACUUGUAAACAUAACACCGUUCGUUUAAAAUUGUUGUUACGAGAUAUUAAAUAGUUUAUAAUCGAUUCCUUAAUAUAAAUUUAAAUCGUUUGUAUUCGAUGUACUUAAUUUUUAAUAAUUAUUAAUAAUAGGAAUUGCGAUACAAUCAGCAUGACCUCAUCUCUUUAAGUUAUUUAAGAAAACGGAAAAAACUGUGGAGGGUCUGGAUCAAUACAUAUAAUACGUUUUUAAUCCUUGUCUCGUGCAAUACCUAUAAAUUUAAUAACCGUUCUAUGGACGUACACACAUUGACGUCAACCAAGCUUCGUUAUCAGCUAUUUUGACCUUUGUGUUUUCAUUAGCAUGCGACUUAUAAUUAAAUUUUUUAACGAAUAACAUAUUUUCAGCGUGAAUUGUACCGCCAGACAAUAAACAAAAGUGAAAAAGUGUCGAAUAAUUAGAUUAAUAAUUAUUACUUUACGUCUGGGAGAAAUUGAUUGAAAGCGAUUACAUCACAAACUCGUAAUUGUUCACUUGUUACUGUUUGAUAAAUGUUGUUUUAUUUUAGUAAUUUUUCACCGUAUUUAGGUCAGCUUCAUAUAAUUAUUAACAUAUAAUAAUAAACCCAUUUAAAAUCUUGUUACUAUUUCAUUUUUAUGAAUUAGUAAAUAAUUUCCAUUUCACAGUCUAUUAGGAUUAACCAAUAUUUAUUUAUAUUAUGCAUAAUUUUAGAUUUUUAUAUAUCCGUGGUUAUAUAUGAGCAAAAAUUCAUUCAUAUCAAUUAUUCUAUAAUUUCGAGUUAUUAAAAUCAUCAUGUGACUAAAUGUUAACGGCUUUUACAUGCUAAAAACGUAUUGUGUGUAUUUAGCCACAUGUUUUCCACUUAAAACCCCCAGACAACAUCGCAAAGCAUAUAUUUUUCUAAUUUCGCCGUUAGUACAAUUUUUAUAUACUCGUUGAAUACAGCCUGCAUUGAGCCUUGUGUUAUUUUAGUAAAUAUUGUAAAAAAGAUCCUACUUUUGAAUGUAUUGUAAUCAGAAAACGAUUAAUAUCAUAAAUGUAAUAUAUUAGUCAUUGACAUAUAUUUACAAUAAAUGUUAUCAAGGUUACUUACCUUAUUGUUUAAAUAUUCGAAGGUGUUCAGAAUCUUUUUUUUAAUUGUAACAUGAUUGUUUUUGUUACUGGACUUGUUUGAUAUCAUUUUUGUUUCAGUAUUACUGUUUUGGGUACUAGCAUGAAUUUUUGUGCUAUAUUUUUUUUAUUAAUUAUUUUUGUAUUUUAUAAUCUUAACUGAAUGUAUAUUUUUAAACAAAUUUUUUAUAGAUUAUAAAAUAUCAAAUACAUGUGUUUAUAUUUUAUCUGAAGUACUACUACCUAAGUAGAUAUGCUGGGAGUUACCUAAAGUAACGGAAAUUACAUGAAAAAAACUGUACAUUUGAACAAAUUUUUGUAGUGAUAUAAGUCCUCGAAACGCCACUAUCAUCCCUCCAUUUCCGCCUUUAUUUAUUUAAACUCACUGGGGUGACACUUUAAUUCAACUCGGACGUGACACAAAGGUAAUAAAUAAUCUCAUCAGUUACUGAAUACGUCCUGUCAACAAUUAAACUGUCACCCGUAUCCCAAUUUUAUCUUUUAGUUGCCCCAAAUAUGUUAAAACCAAUUCUUCAUAUUAUAUUAAUAUGGGAUAGUUACGUAAUUAUUAAUUUGGGUAGCGAUGUUCUCAUUCCGGGCGCACUUUUUUUCUUUCGCGGUUAAAGAAAUUACAGGGUCUCCCUAAAAUAUAUUACUUACCAUAAUAUAGAUGUUUAUAAGAUGUUGUUUCAUUGUUCAUAUACAUACAUACAAAAAAAAAUUUACCCACACAUUUUCCCCCGCUGGACCAGCUUUCGAAGAAUUUAGGUGUACAGAAAUACCAAAUCAAUCGAGUGAAGACGAUGAUUGAGAGGUUGUUUACUUUGAUAAUAAUUUAUUAAGUGGGUGCGUUCUAAUGAUUUUAAGAUUGAUUUGGUAUUUCGAUUAUUAGUUCUCUUGCAUCGUAUGGUGAAUGGUAAAUGAGUGAAACCGUAGAGAAAAAACUGAAACAAAAUAGUUUGUGUACUUUAAGGUAUAUAAUUGAAAAUAUAAAAUCGAAAAUCUACUAGUCUUGAAUGGAAUAUUACUCAAUUUCAAGUUGAAGACUCAUAAAAUAUUAUUGUCUAUGAUAAUUAUUUUAAUAUGUAAAUAUGUGCUAGAAUAUUGUAAUAUUAUUUCUUAAGUACUGUUUUUUUUUUCGAAUUAUACAUAUAGAAUAUAUGAAAAAAUUUGCAA